GCUGAUUGGCUGUAACGUGGGUGCGUUUGAUAGGAUCGGAACGUCUCUUACGCUGAGAUUGCAGACAGAAACGGACAGAAAAUGAGUAUGAAUUGGGAUUUAUUAUUGUGUUGUAUUGCAACACUGUGUUUUUAUAGCGCCAAUGCAAUAUGUGAUAUGACUGAAGACAAAAUCCAAGUCAGCGAAUUUGAUGUCAUUCCGGGUGGACAGAAAUUAGGCCACGAAAAACAUUGGGAUGGCAUAAAUUUCUCCUGUAACUUUACAUAUCAAGCUCAAGGUGGCACAAAAGAGUCCUGGCUGAUGGGGCUAAGCAUGAAUGCUGACAACACCAAGUUCUCGUGUUCUGUAGAGAGACCUGGAAGCUCCUCCUAUCUGUUUUUCCAGUCGUUUAGAAUGAUGGUGGGAGGAGUUCAGGCUGUGGGGGCAGAGGUCAAGGGCUCAGACCAUUCGCCUCUAAACCCUGAAGAGUAUGUCAUGGUUGAGUCCUCUAGCUCAGUCUCUCAGGUGGAUGGAAAGUUCAAGAGCAUGCUGGGACGUGUUGAGUUGUGUGCGGUCAAGCCCAAGCAGGAGUUAUGAAGAGUUCGUCGGAUUAUUGCAAACACAACUCUCUUCUUUUUCUGACUGAAGUCAAUUGCAGUCAAGUGUGACAGCAUCAAGGACACGGUGUAGCAAAGUGACCAGGUCUGUGACAGGGCCAUUCUGUCAUAAGGUUAACAAAAACCUGUGAUAAUGUGACUUCCUUACAGGAACAUUGAUGUGGGUUUAUUGUAUUAGGAAACCACAGGUUUAAAGAAUCCAUUGGUGUCUAAAUAUUCAUGGUUAUAGAUGAAAACAAAUUACAUGAUUUUGAAUUCACAGUUACAAAUAAUAACAGGUUGAUUUUUAUUAAGUUCAGCAAACUACUGCUUGAGUGAGUGAGUGUAGUUUUAUGCUGCUUUUAGCAAUAUUCCAGCAAUAUUACAGCAGGGAGACACCAGAAAGAGACUUCACACAUUUAACCCAUGUGGGGAAUUAAACCCGGGUUUUCGGGAUGAUGAGCGAAAACUUUAACCACUAGGCUAGCCCACCGCCUGGACUCCUGAUUGAAAUCUAGUCGGCUGAAAACUCAAUACGCCCAAACCACCGCAAACCAUAUGCUAUAAAGCAUAAGUAGCAUGGGUGGCUCCGUGGUAUAAGGGACUACUGGGUACCCCUCCCUUUGCUGUCGGGAUAUACUUCAGAUCCCAAAUGCACCCAAUCCUUCAUCAGUGAGACCCAUUCAAAGUCAUGUGGGUUUCACCAAGUCACUUGUCGAUUGAGCUGAAAUGAAACACUCUAUGAUCCUUCACGGAUCACAGAGUUCUGUUUCAUCAAGUGUGGUAUGAAAUUCGGACAGUGUGGUAUUUCGUUUCAGGUGUUAAACUAACUCCUACUCAUAAACACAUACUGUAAUUUAAACAGAGUUAUCUAACAGUUGUUGAGGGUUUUCAAUAUGAACAGACUGUGAACCUGUUUUAAGUAUUUCGUGAGCACUAGCUGCGGGUUGUCCUUGAUGUGCCGUCAGCUUCCUGGAGUUGUCUUUAGCCAGAGUUGUUGGUUGUUUCUGUUGAACUCUGUUUUACAUGUGAUAUUUUGACCAAAUGACUGUCAUUGUUUUUGGCUUGGCUUGUAUGCUAUUUUAGUUUUAGGAUUUCUUUUAUCUGCCAGUUGCUUGGUAUUGCAGAGGAAAUUCUAUUUUCUCAUCAUUUAUGUUACAAAACCUUGUAUUUCAAAUAGCUGAAAUGAUUCAAACUAAGUGCCUUUGGCUUGCAAACAGGGAAAACCUUGUUGUGAUGUUCAAAAUUGGAUUAUCUUAAUGUUAUUAUUUUUCUAGAAUUUGAGGAAUUGGGAAUGUUUAACGUCAAAUUGGAAUUUUUUAACUGUCAUUUGCUGCAGACUUGGGCAAAUAUCGGUUUCUAAGCACCCUCGAUGAAUCUUUGAUUUUGUUUGCAAUUUCAUUUGAAACUUAAUGUGUCUGUGGCAACAAAAGCACACUGGAAAAUAUUUCUGUGUUUUCGGUUUGCGUAAAGUAUUCUCAUACUUAUGUUUUGGUUUGUUAGUAAUUAUUGUGUAAGUGUGCACACUCAUGUGUAUGAAUAAUCCGACAGGGCACCUGUGCACUGUUCAACUGUAAACUUUAUGAUACUGCUUACUAAAUAACAUUGGAAUAGGUGAUAUCUGUUUCACCUGUUUGUUUCGCUGUAGAAACAGCUACAUUUGUGCAGUAACUUGUGGCAAGUCUUCAUGUGGUGACACAGCUUUCAGAGCCGGGUAGUUAGCUAAUGGGAGGGAUUAUUUGGUUGUUUUCACAACAACCAAAACUUGGACCAUUUUUUUUAAAAUUCAAUUGUAAUUCCAGUUGAAAUGUUACUUUGCUUACCUACUGGUCAAUAAGU